AUGGCAGUUCGAAAUCCGUUCGCGUUUCGGCCUGGUCCGGUUACGUUCUGGACCACUGUCGUCUACCUCGCCGUGAUCAUUCCUCUUCUCUAUGUCCACGAGACGGUCCCUCCUGCGCCCUGUGACACAACACUUGAACGAGGUCUAAACCUCACCGAAGCUUGGUCUGACUUGCAGACCAUCACGAAAACAUAUCAUCCGUACAAUAGCCACGAGAACGACCACGUUCGCGACUUCAUCAUCGCCCGCUCGAAAAGCGUCCUGGAGCGCAAUGGGCUGGACUACGCGGUGGAUACAUCGGGCGGGGUCACAUGGAGAUAUGGUCUUGAAUCUGCCGCAGAAAGGGACGUUGGCAAGGCGACGGAGCGCGCAGGCAAACCGCCCGGUGCUACCAUCUUCGACGACCGCGUUUCCAACGUGACGUAUACAUAUGGGGGCAGAUUCUCGGUGGUCGGCCAGUACUUCGAAGGGAAUAAUGUAUACGUCUACAUCCAUGGCAAGGAGGACCCCGAGGGCGAUUGGUGGCUCACUGAGGAGGGCAUCAAGGCAUCGCGCCACUCUGGCGGUGUUCUUGUCAACUGCCAUUUCGACUCGGUCUCCACGGGCUACGGAGCUACCGACGAUGGCAUGUCCUGUGUGACGUUGCUGCAGCUCUUGAGUUACUUUAGCGCCGAGGGUCGCCAGCCGAAGAAUGGCAUCGUGCUGCUCUUCAACAACGCCGAGGAGGACGGGCUCCUUGGCGCCAACGCCUUUGGCUACAGCCCGUUGCUCAGUUUCUGCCACACCUUUGUCAACCUUGAAGGAGCUGGCGCGGGUGGACGCGCCAUGCUAUUUCGCACUACCGAUCUUCAAGUGGCAAGGGCCUACGGCCAAAGCCCGCAUCCAUUUGGCUCUGUCGUCGCCGCAAACGCUUUUGAGCGAGGCGUUAUCAAGAGCGGGACUGAUUACCAGGUGUUUGCCGGCAUUUUCGGCCAGCGCGGCCUCGAUAUUGCAUUCUACGAGCCACGGGCACGCUACCACACAGAGGAAGACGACGCUCGACACACGUCCGUACGUAGCGUUUGGCACAUGCUCUCGGCGGCCCUGGCAUCCACAAAGGUUCUGUCUGAGACGACAAGCACCGAAUUCAACGGCCCUCGCUCUGAUGGAAGAAAGGAUCUUGCCCAGAACGGCAGGCCUACUGCUGGCGUGUGGUUUGACUUUUUCGGCGACGCCUGGGCCGCAUUCCCGCUUAGAGGGCUGUUUGCGUGGUCUCUGACGCUUCUUGUCGCCACACCUCUGGUGCUCCUGGUCGUGACCUACAUCCUGAUACGAAACGACAAGUACUACUUCUUUGCGAGGGAUCUCAAGACGGACUCCGAGACUGGCGAUGGCACGGUCUCGCUCGGCGGCUGGAGGGGCUUCUUCCGCUUUCCUCUCGCCUUAGUCUUCGCCACUGGCCUGACAGUCGGCUCAGUAUAUUUGGUCGCCAAGUUCAACCCACUGAUAAUCGCCAGCAGCGGUUAUGCGGUCUGGGCAAUGACAAUGUCGCUGUUCUACUUUGCGUUUUGGUUGAUCAUGCGAGGGUCCAGCUUCGUGCGGCCCAGCGCGCUCCACCGUGGCUUCGUUCUCAUCUGGCUAUUCGUCUUGACCUGGGCCAUUCAGGUCAUUGCGGCUGUAGCGGAGGAUCGCAUGGGCAUCGGCGCCCUCUACUUCGCGGCCUUCCUUCAUACAGCAGUAUUCUCAUGCCUUCUGAUAUCUCUGUUGGAGCAACUAGCGCUGCCUGGAAAGCAAGAAUUUGCUCAACAACUGCAAGAUGCUGAACGAGACCAUACCGCGCAAAGUGCCACCCAUAGCGCGGAUGAGACGAUUCGCGAUCAGCAGCCAGAAGAUGGAGACGACGGUGCCAACGCAACGGAGACGACACCUCUAAGGGCUGGGGAACAAGGUUAUGGCUCUAACACGACGACGACGACAUUCGCCAGCACCUACCGUAGGCCCGUAACGGCGGAACCAGUCGCACCGUCCGUGCCCAGCCAUCCGCCUUACGAAUCUGAGCAGUCAUGGUCAGGCCGUCUCCCAGCAUGGACGUGGUUCCUGCAGCUACUUAUUCUCGCCCCGGUACAUGUCAUCAUCCUCGGAAAUCUCGGUCUCGUCCAGACGACGGCAAUGCAAAUGACGGGACCUGACGGGAGUAGUCUGCUGACCCCUCUCAUGGGGAUUGGCAUCCUGAGUAUCCUGCUGGUGAUUCCCCUCUCGCCGUUUAUACAUCGUGUCACCCACCAAAUCCCCCUUUUCCUACUCUUGGUCUUCACCGGUACUCUCAUCUACAACAUGGUUGCGUUCCCAUUCUCGACGAACAAUCGCUUCAAGCUUCGAUUCCAGCAGACCGUGGAUCUGGACAACGGAUCCAACACGGUAUCGCUUAUUGGAUUGGAAGAGUUUGUCCGCCCUGUCAUUGCGUCUUUGCCAGCGGCCUCGGGGAAAGAAGUCAACUGCCAAAGGUCAGUUGCCGAGAACCUCAUGGAGUGUAAGUACGAUGCGUCGUCACUCCCGCCGAAUCCCGCAGACGGCAAGGAGUUGGACAAACUCGUGUCCGCGUCUGUCACCAAAUCCGCGGACGGGUUGUCCGCUAGCCUCCACAUCGAGGCCCUGAACACGCGGCUGUGUUAUGUGGACCUGUCCGAGCCCAUCUUUGGCUUUUCAGUUGAGGGCGGCGGGCCCAGAGACGAACGCUUCGGUCAGAUGCCUAAAGACGGACUCAAGAGUCUGCAGCUUUGGCGGCGGACGUGGCAAGGCACGUGGAAUGUGACAUUGCAGCUGGGCAGCAGCGGUCACUCCGUGGACGUGCCGGCCCAAAGGCCCGUCGAUGAAGACGGCAUGUCCAGAAACGAGGGCGGGGAACUCAAGCUGCGCGAGAAGCCGUUAGAGGUGACUGUCAAGUGUGCCUGGGACGACGCCAACCGGGUGACCAACAUCCCUGCGCUGCACGAACUGAAGCAGUACAUGCCGAACUGGGCCACUGUAACCAAGAGGACCAUGGGUCUUGUGCUGGUCAAGAAGACCUACCAGGUGUCGGCGUGA